UCUCUCUCUCUCAAAAAUUAUGACUUCCAAUUUGAGACAUUUUUUUAAUAUAAUGAUAAUUCAUGCAUGUUUUAAUUUUGUUGAUCUAACUAUUUAUAGGUCCAACAGAGAUGUCAACAACAACAACGAUAAGCCUGAGAGAGAAAACAUUUUCAGUUUUGACCUUCCAUCAUGCCUCUUGGGAGUAAUAAUGUCAAUGCUUAUGCUAAAAGAUAAAAUUCGUGCAUCUACCGUCUGCAAGAAAUGGCUUGAAGCCGCUAAAUCUGUUAGGGUUGUUCAUAAGCAUCAAUGGUUUGUCUCCAUUCCUACAUUUGGAAACUCUAUUAAUCUUUUCGAUCCAUUGGAGAGGAAGAAGUACACACUGAAUCUGCCUGAGAAAGGUGUAACUGAUGUUGCUUACUCAAAAGACGGAUGGUUGCUUAUGCGCAGAUCAUCCUUUGUGGAAUUCUUCUUCUUCAACCCCUACUCUCGGGAGCUCAUAAGCUUGCCAGACAAUGAAUUGCCAUAUAAGGCAAUUGCUUUCUCUUCUGCUCCUACAUCGGAAACUUGUACUUUGGUCACAUUAAACCGUAUUUCAGAAUAUAUUGUGGCCAUCAGCACUUGCUAUCCUGGAGCAACUGAGUGGAUAACCAAAAAGUUUCAUUGCUAUCUUGCUUUUGGCCCCAAUGUCCAUAGCAACCUUGUAUGUGUUAAUGAUCGCUUCUACUGCUUCACCUCAAGAGGUGUUCUAUUUGAAUUUGAUCCAGCUUCUCGCACAUUGAGUCAUCAAGCAUGGGAUGAUGUUAGAUUCCCAGAAAUUCAUAACAAUGAAUGGUCGUAUCUGCCAAAGGAACUUUACUUGAUGGAGCAGAAAGGAGAGCUAAUUCUCAUGUAUACAUAUGGAGCUGAGAAACCAGUGGUGUAUAAGUUGGUCUCUUCAAAAUGGGAAGAGAUGAGUAGUACACUAGACGGCUUGACAAUCUUUGCAAGUAUGUAUUCCUCGGAGACCAGAAUGGAUGUUUUAGGGAUGAAGAACAGCGUGUACUUCCCAAAGUAUGGCUUACGUAACAACAUGCAAUGUGUAUCCUACUCAUAUAAUGAUGCCAGGUACUAUCCGGGUCUGCCGGAACGACGAUUACUAUGCCCUGUUGAUAGUCUUUGGAUCGACCCACCACCAUUUCUAAAGUAACUUGAGUGCGCUUUGAGGGUUUGUUUUAUAUUUUAAUAUAUGCAUCAAUCGUCGCAUCUGAAAAACUUGUAGACUUGAGUUUUAAACUAUGAGAUUGUGGGAAAUUUAUUAUUAUGGUUUAAACUUUCGGAUUAUUUUGCAUGUGAUUGAUUUGAUUUAACUUUAAUUUUUUUUUUUGUUGAAUGGAGAUCCCCUAAUAAUAUUUUUAUCAUCCAAAUUCAGAAGAAAAUGAACACACAAAGCUGAUAUGUUUGUAUAUCAUACUCUUUAGGUUUAGGGUUGCAUUUUACAAAACAAUAAUUGUGAAUUAGGUACCACAUAAGUUUUAUUGGAGGUCAACUUCUCAUUUUAAUUAAAAAUAAAUCAGAAUCAGUUGUUUUGAGAAACGAAUCUAAAAUGCUUUCAAAAGACCGCUUAAAUAAAUUGAAAACUGCCGUAAAAAAAAAUUAUUUGAAAACUUUCAUUUCCAUUUUGGAAAU